CCCCCCACUGAGUAGCGAACGGGGUGUUCGACAGGGCGACCCGCUUGGCCCGCUCCUUUUUGCAGCCGGAAUACACCCUGCACUACGCGAGAUAGCCGCAACACACCCGAAAGUUCUCUGCUUGGCGUACGCAGACGACGUGACGUUCAUGGGGGAACAGGAGAACACAGUAGCCGCCUUCACCUUCUUCACCGACAAACUGGCGCACCUGGGCCUGGCCCAUAACCCGGAGAAAUGCGCAGCUUGGAGCUCGGCCACAGUCGUGACUACCCAGCUACCACCCGGGGUCCCUCUUUCCAAAGAAGGGGUGCGCCUCCUCGGUAGUUACCUGGGCCCCGCCACCGGCGCCGCCAAUUUCCUAGCGGGGCAACUGGAGGAGAUGGCGAAACCGUUACCACUCCUCGAACGAGCCGACCCCCAAGUUGCCUCACUGCUGCUAACCCGCUGCAUCUCCAGGCGGAGACCUGUUAGCCACGCUACUCACCUCAUGCGGCAUUCGGGUCCCCUCGUGCAGCACGGAACACUCACGGGUUUGGGCACAGGCGUCGCUCCCUCCUUCUCUAGCGGUGCUGCGGGGCCUGAGCCUGAUGAGCCCCUUGACAAGUGGGUGGCGAGGACCCUGACGGGACGGUCCCGCGGGGCGGGGGGGUACUUGAUGACGAGAUCUCCCCCGGAGACAGCGCUGGGGGAGGAUCGAGUUGGACAAAUGAAGGUGGUGACAGAGGCAGCGGAGGCGGCGACAUCUGGAGGGGCUGCAACAGGGUGGGAGGUGGAAGGGGAGUUAGCUGCCGAGACUGCCGCUUCCUCUGGCGGCGACUCAGCCUCACACCGUGCGACGGGCCCCGCUGUGAUGCUACUUCCUGAAAUACACGGACGGGUAGAGGAGCAGGAACGUGCAACGGAGGCAACGGAGGUGACGGGGCCCGCUCCACAGGCACAGACAGUGGUGAUGACGGAUGCUGCAGUGGGAGCGGACAUAGGCCCAGUUGAGGGAGGCGCAAUGGUUGGCGCUGGGUCUGCCAAAACGCCUGCUGCCACCGUGGGCGCAGACACGCAGGGGUGCGACCAGGUGGCGGGCGAUACACGGGGGCGUGGGAACGGCGUUGCUGCGCACGCCACUCACGGGAUUGCAGGAAGAAGUUCCGCGCCCAGCCAGCGCCGAGGCGGCCCGGUGCAGGGCUUGUCCCGGGCCACCCGGGACCCCUCCUGGGCUGGCUUCUGCAAGGACAGACGCCACAAUCGCAGUUGCAUCAACUGCCAUCUGUGGGGUCAGGCAGCGGGAGAAACGAAGGGGAAGUCGGUGUCAGACAGGCGGGGAUUCUAA